CAUGGAGAGAAACAGGCUCGCAGGUGGGUCCAGAGGAGCUAUCGACUGUGGAAGCAGUGGACGGGCUAUCUCGUCGAGUAUUCCUUGGAGCCUGCCAAUCAACUUUCAACCGACGACUUUGCUGGUUGGCUUGCUCUUCAGACCAAUUUGGCUCUCAAGGGCAUUAUUGGCAUUAACGCCAUGAGUCACAUGGCACAAGUAGCUGGAGAAUCUGAAGAUGCUUCGUAUUUCAAGGAUAUCGCCGACGAAUACAUCUCCAAAUGGGAGGAAUUUGGAAUGUCUCGUGACAAGACGCACGCCAAGUUGGCGUACGAUUGGUACGGCUCAUGGACGACUCUGUACAACCUUUAUGCCGAUGCACAGCUAUGUUUCCAUCUGGAGGGAUCUGGCAAGGGGAAGACACCUUCCUCUGGGCAGAAGCCUCUGAAGCCCCACCAGAAGGAAGGAUUUGUACCGAAACACAUCUACAAGAAGCAAUCGACUUGGUACCACUACGUUCGACAGAAGUACGGGCUGCCUCUGGAUAGCCGUCACCUUUACACCAAGACCGACUGGGAGUUCUUUGCGAUGGCUGUCGCGAACGAGGACACCCGAAGCGAGAUCUUGGAGUCGGUGGCGAAAUGGGUGAACGAAACGGUGACAGACCGGCCGCUGACAGACCUGCAUGAAACCGAAGGAGAAGGGAACUAUCCCGGUGUUACGUUCUUCGCCAGACCGGUGGUCGGGGGUCACUUUGCCUUCUUGGCCCUGCAGCGGGCGUGCGGCGGACACGCCCGGGAGGGACUGUCGUUCUUGGAUGAGGAUGACACUGCUGCGGAUGAUGAUGAUGAUGCUGCUGCUGCGAGGGCGGCUACUGAGUUCCGUUCGCAUUCUUUUCCCUGGAUAAGAUGGUGA